UCGCACUUCUACACACAAGCACGUGGCACGCGUGUACAAGCAGGAGCGGCGGUGAGACCCGUGCAGUAGCAAACCGCUACCGGCGCAACGACGGUUUUUCAUCUUGUCAGUCAGCCUUCCUGCUCCCACGAGAGCGGGUCGAUCGGCCUCUUUUUCCGCGUUUUCCGCGGCGAUCUUAUCUACGAAAGCUGUCACACGCGAGCGAUGAGGUGCCGCGUAACGAGCCAAGUACCGACGAUGAUGCGCAUCGCCCUCGUCGUCGGGGUGGCGAUGGUGCACGCGUCGCCGGUCGAGCCCUUGCCCUCCAUCCUGCUCGAUGGAAUCGGCACCGUCGCGAAUACCGCAACCAAUUUCCUAACAGGAAUCGUGCACCGGCAAAAAGAACUAUUGCAUCGCGUUACGGACACUGCCGCGGACUACAUAACCAGCGCGGUGGAGACGCCGAGAAAUUUAUUGCUCAACGCUACCAGGGUGACGACCGGCUACAUUGAUAAUGCAGCCUCAAGGGGUCUCGAGUUCAAGCUGAAAAGAUUCCUAGAGAAAUUCCGCACUCGGAUGCGCAAUGGUAUCCCGGAGCUGGGUAUUCCUCCGCUCGAGCCUUUCACACUUGACGAGAUCGACAUCGACACGGAUAAUCCUGAACUCGGAAAAAUAUUCUUAGUUAUCGAGGACCUGGAAAUGAGAAAUCUAUCGACUUUCUUAAUCGAUCGAGCCAAGUUAUCGCUAAUCGGCCCUACGAUCACCAUCAACAUCUCCAUUCCUGAGAUUUACGCGUCGGGUCGUUACAACAUUUCCGGGAUACUAGGAGGUGCGUACAAGCUAAACGGUGCGGGUUCUUUCCAAACAACCGUACGCGACUUCCGCGUUUACGUGAACACCGUACUAGGCUACGCCAGAGGAAUGUACUUGAAGAGAUUCGACCUCGACUUCUCGUUGCGUGACAUCAAGAUGCGCCUGGAGAACUUUAUGGGUGGCGAGGAGAUCGGACAAAUUAUGAGCCAGGUCUUUGAAGAUUUAACACCAGAAGCAAUGGACAUCAUUAAACCGGACAUAUUGCCCCCAAUUCAGGAUUAUGUAUCAAGCCACGUGAACGAGACAAUUCAUCAUUUGACUAUGAGGGACCUGUUUCACGUUCUCCUGGGAGAGUACGAGUUCGGAGAUAUCACGCACUUACUGUUACCCUGAGGAGACGCUCAUGAAAAUGUAACCGAAGUGCACCGCCCAAUUAUCGGGUCGCGCAAUUACGAGCGCAACGAUACGAGCUUAAUGUGCAUGACAAUGCCCGAGUGUUCCCUUCAUUCAGGGUGCAAGGAAUCGAUUGCAACCCAAGUACAAUGCACUACGUCGCAAUGCAACGAACAAUACUCGCGGCGAUAAUAAAAUGCGACAAGUCAGGUUGACUUUAAAGCCAGUCUUGUAUUACGUAAUACGUAUUGACCAUUCAAAGGUCUUAGACUACCUUGCCUGAUGCUCACUUUCUACCAUUCAUUGUCUUGCCGAGGAGAAAUUGUUUUAUACGCGACAAUGCGAGUUAUUAAUUCUUUUUUUCCAUUCCUUUCUCUCUUGAGCUACGUUAAAUUAAUUAUUUCCGAAAAUCCUUCCCCGGAGUAAUUCAAUCAAUUCGCUCGAAUAUAUUGAAAAUUUUUAUGUUGGAUACGCGCUGCUCAUUAAAUAAUGAAGAAUUACGCGGUAAUUCGUAUGUAGGCGAUUUAUAUGAUUCAACUAUACGGUAACCUAUCUCGUUAGCAUCCGCUUGGAAAUUCCGUAACGUAAUUCCGUACGGAGACAUCGUAAGGUUUCUCAUCAUCCGUCGCGAGUGCAUCGGUGAAAUGUUUAAUUCAUCGAAUCGCCCGAUGAAUCCCGGCGCAUCUCUAAUCCGCUGAUAAAGGCGGGCGAAAGUAUUACAGCCUUGAAUGGCGAUGGCGUCAAAUCUUCAACAUUGCGAAAUCGACCUAGGUGUCGUUGAUCAAUGAUGAACGAGGUGGGACCAUGAGAGGUGGUUUCGGUGAUGAGAAAACUAUCAGCAAAAUGGCUCGCUAUUUUUUUUUUUUCGAAACUGUUAUACAGGGUGAGGCACUAAAACCUAUUAGCGUGUGCCAUACAUCGUGCAUCAAUUUUCAUUAGUUGCCGUAUGCUACUAAAGAUUUUUUAACACUUCGAAAGCCGAACAAGCCAAAAUUUAACCAAAAAAAAAACACUACUGGCUUCGUGCGCUUGUCGCGUUAUUUCUUUUCGUACAGAUAAAUAUAGUAAUAAUUUAAUUUAAAAAAAUAAUUUAUAACAUAAUAAUUAAUUGUUGACGCUAGAUAUCCAUAACUAUGUAUAAUAAUUUAUAGAAUUUUCUUAGCGAUUACAACUGCGAAUACUUCCGUAAGAAUUCCAAACACAGAACAUAUAUAAUUUGUCUAGAAUUAAUGUGUGUGAAGGCGGUUAAUUGCACAAAAUUUUAUAGAUUUGAAAGCACUAUGUAUGACAGUUUCUACUUAAAUAUUACGCUCUGUUUGCAAUUUAUAAUGACCAAAGAGAAAAUAUAUCGUAACGUAAAAUGAUUAGUUAUAUUGCAUAAAAAAACUAAUUUAUAAAUUUACACGUUGCUUGCAUAAAGCGAUUGAAACGAACCAAUCUGAAGUAAUGUCAAACAUAUCCGAAAAGUCUUCAGAAUAAAUUAAUUCUUUCAUUCUUAAUUAAAAAAAAAAGUUAGUAUACAAUGAGUAGCACGUGAUAGCUAAUUUUUACUUUAGCUUUCCGUUUGUAAUUCCACUUAACAUUUCUGUGUACAAAGUACAAAGUAUAACACGUACUGACACGUAUAUAAUUUGCCGGAACAUCGUAUACUAUUAAGUUAAUUAUUAUACCAUACACAAUUAUGCUAAACGCAGUAUGCGCCAUAAAUGUCGGUCAGGAUUAUAAUGAGAGAGCAUUCUGUAUGAUAGUAGAAUUAAUGUUGAAGUUUUGUUAACUGUUAUAAGAUAAUUUAGUGAUAAUGUGUGCAUCGUGUAAAUGCAACCACAUCAUUUACCGAUUAAGAUUAUUAAGAUUAUUAGAAAAUUUCUUAAAUAUUUAUGGUGUUACGAUUUUGUGUGCGUAUCACACUCGUGAAACUUUGACGCAGCAACAAUUUUACAAUUAAUCGUUUCUACGUGCAACGAAUUAAUUAAAGAAAUAAUUGAUUUUCCCGGUGUGCGCUUUUUUAUCCAGCAAAAGUGCAAAAUAAUUUAUAUUAGACUGUCAAACGGAAAUCCAAAGUGGUCGUUUAAGAUAAUUUAAAGCCCAAUUUUCAAUGACAAGAUAUAACCGAUGAUAUCUCGUCUAUUAUUGAUGUUAAAAAUUUUAUGAUAAAUCAGAAUCGCGCGCGCGCAAAUCUGCGCGUCAAGUUUUCAUUUGAUAAAUUUUUUUGCAAUCUUUAGAUAAUAUCUUUCGUAUAUUUUUAAGAGCAAUCUGGUAGUAUUCAUUAUUACGGCACGGUCGUUUAUAAUCAAUCAUCCUCCAUCACUUGCGGCUAUCAGAUGCUUUUAAAUAGAUUACAAAAAAGAUUCUCAAUUUUGAGAGUCACCAAUUUUAUUAUUUGCAUACUAUUUUACGAUGUUAACUGCACGUCCAAUGUUUUUCAAUAAGUUCAUCAACGAUAAAUGAAAAAUUAAAGCUGCCAUAUGGUUUUAUCAAUA